AUGGCGCAUCGCGGCGAGACCCUCCACAAAGAUGUAUGCUGCAUUGCAGACCUUAAAGAGCUGGGAAGCAAGCGGCUAUCCCCUAUGGUCCGAGACUAUUACAAUGAGGGAGCUAUGGAUCUGAUCACUUUGCGCGAGAAUGAGUCCGCCUAUGAUCGCUACCGAAUUAGACCCCGAAUCCUGGUCAACGUCGCGGAAAUCGACACCAGUACUGAGAUCCUUGGCUCUAAGGUCUCCCUCCCCUUCGGCUUCAGUCCCAGUGCCUCCCACCAGCUUGCACACCCAGAGGGCGAGCUAGCAACCUCCCGCGCAGCCGCCAGCUAUGGAAUCGCAAUGGGGCUAUCCUCCUAUUCGAACUACUCGUUGGAAGACGUUGCUGCACAGGGUCUAGGAAACCCAUAUGCUAUGCAAAUGUGUGUUUUGAAGGACCGAUCACUAACAAUACAGUUACUGGAGCGAGCGGAGAAGGCGGGAUACAAGGCAUUGUUUUUGUCAGUAGACGUGCCUGUGCUGGGGAAGCGGUUGAAUGAGUACAGAAACGACUAUACAUUGCCGGAGAGCAUGCAAUGGCCCAAUAUCCUCAGUAGUGGAAGUGACCACUCAGACCGCACCGACUACGACCCUAGUUUGGACUGGGAGAGUACCAUCCCCUGGCUGAGAGAACACACUUCGCUGCCAAUUUGGCUGAAAGGAGGUAAGAAACAUGACCCCCCCCCCUUUGUGAAGGGCCUUUUUAAUGUGUGGAUCCCUGCAGUUUGUUCUCCCGAGGACGUGGAUUUGGCUCUCAAGUAUGGGGUUGAUGGAGUUAUCGUUUCCAAUCACGGUGGGCGCCAGCUAGACGGUACUCCGUCCACCCUUGAUGCGCUGCGCAUCUGCGCCCCUAUCGCCGCACGAGGAGGUAUGCCAAUUGCGGUUGAUGGUGGAAUCCGUCGAGGCUCGGACAUUUUCAAGGCGCUAGCUCUGGGUGCCAGCUUCUGUUUCUUGGGACGAGUCCCCAUCUGGGGUUUGGCUUAUGAUGGACAAGAAGGAGUGGAACUGGGGAUCAAGAUUCUGCGCCAAGAAUUGAAGAUUACCAUGGCGUUGGCCGGGUGCCGCAAUAUCGGCGAGAUCCAAAAGAGCUAUUUGUCGGUGCUGCAGCCCGAUGGCAUUCUUGCCAAGCUAUAA